ACCAUGGUGCGGCUGUGGCUCUGGCUUUGGCUCUGCCUGCAGCUCCCAGGUUUCUGUGCCAAUCUACGUUUGUCCCAGACUCCAGACCAUAUUUUAGCCCAAACUAACAGCAGCACGGACAUCCUCUGCCAGACGAAGAAGGAGCACACCGGGGUGUACUGGUACCGCUGGAACCAGGGGCGGCAGCAAUUCGAGUUCCUGCUGUUCUCCAACUCGCUGGGCAAAAGCACCUACGGCGUCAACGUCAGCCAGGAGAAGUUCAGCGUCCGCGGGAUGAGCUCCCAGUCCUACAGCCUGCACAUCGGCCGGCUGCACGCCUCGGACGCGGGCAUGUACUACUGCUCCAUCUCCCAGUCCUCCGAGCUCAUCCUGGGCAGCGGCACCAGGCUUGGCGUGGCUGAUGUUUUGCCUCUGCCUUCCACGUCCACGCUGGCCCCGCUCACCAGGAGACCCUCACGAUGCAAACCCAAAAGCAAAGCCGCGGGCAGCAAAGGUGCCUGCAGCCCCCUGGUCUGGGUCCCGCUGGCCGCCGGCGCUCUGAUCCUCCUGCUGAGCGUGGUGCCCACCGCCCGCCACUUCUACCGGCUGCGGCGGAGGCUGUGGCGUCGCAUCCACAGGCAGUAA